AUGCCCAAAGACUCAGGAUUUACCUUUCUACAUACAAGGGAGUCGUCACCCCAGCGGCAGUUCGUACCGCGCGGGAUUGUGGAACCAACAAAACUCGGCCGAUCCGUGGAACCAACGAGAUCGGCUCUCCGAUCGGGCUCUCGUUGCUCACUAAAAAUAACCUGGAACUCGAUCAGGACGGGUCGGUAUGAUCUCGAAAAGGCAUUGGGUACAACAAGUUCCCUGUGGACUAGUCGUCAAGGUUCACCUUUGACCGACCAGCUCACUCUGUCACCUGGAUUCAAGUCCCAGGUAUUUCCCUUUCUGAGGCCCCCCGCGGUUUCUGCCACUGCGGCCCUACCCAAAUCACGUCGGCUCCUCGGGGCAGCAUCGGAGGAAUGCCGUGGAAUGGGUGGGUGGGGUCCACGGAAAACUCUGGACCGUCAGGUCCUGGUCCGACUCCCUGCCAGUGGUCACUCGUGGGAUCCACAGGCAAAAGGGGUGUCGGACCACCGUCGAACUGCACCCCAGGUGUACUGCCAACACCACGGGUCUGGUGGACGAGUGCUUGACGGAAGCGGUUCCGUCGGCUUGACCCAUGCCGCUCUGACCAAAAUUUUGGGGUGCUUCAUAGCGGGGGGCGUAAUACCCCGCGGUCGGCUUGACCCUUCAACGUCGGCUUGCCAGCGGUUGCCUGGCAAGCUUGCGGCGGCUUGA